GCGAGAGGUGGUACAAGCGGCACCUGACGUACCGGGUGGUGAACUGGCCGUCCUACCUGCCGCAGCACGAGGUGCGCUUGGCCGUCAAAGCCGCCUUCGAGCUCUGGAGCAACGUGUCUUCGCUGGUAUUUUGGGAGGUGCAGGAUGGCCCAGCCGACAUCCGCUUGACCUUCUUCCAUGGGGACCACAAUGAUGGACUCAACAACGCCUUCGAUGGACCAGGAGGUGCCUUGGCUCACGCCUUCUUCCCCCGGCGCGGAGAAGCCCACUUUGACAGCGCCGAGCGCUGGUCCCUGCGCAGCGGCAAAGGGCGCAACCUCUUCGUCGUGGUGGCCCACGAGGUGGGUCACACGCUGGGGCUGGAGCACUCCCCCGUCAAGAGCGCCCUGAUGUCUCCUUACUACAAGAAGCUCAGCAAGGAUUUUGUCCUCAGCUGGGAUGACAUCUUGGCUGUCCAGAAUUUGUACGGGAAGCCCUCCAAGGGCUUGGCCAUCCAGCUCCCAGGAAAGGUCUUCACUCACUUCCAGGACUGGAGUUCGGACCUUUCCGGCAGGGACCGGCAGCAGCGGAGCCUCAGCGCCUAUUACUGCCACUCCUUCUUCGACGCCAUCACUGCUGCCGCGGAUCACACCCUCUACAUCUUCAGGGCCAGCCACUACUGGUUGGUGCCGGCGGGCGGCAAUGCCAGCGACCCGCAGCCCCUGCAGACACGCUGGCCUGGCCUCCCCACCGGCAUCGACGCUUGCGCCUGGUCCCAGCUCAGCGGCAAGUUUUACUUCUUCAAAGGGGAGCCCUGUGGUGGUGGCAGUUGGGUCACCAGCAGGAUGGAUGUCACCGAUGUGGAGCUCCGGCGCCUGGUCCUCUUCAAAGGUCCCAAGUACUUUGUGGCGAGCGAGGAGACCCUCGCCGUGGAGCCCUACUACCCCCGCAGCCUGCGGGACUGGGACAGCGUGCCCCCCGGCACGGCGGGAGCCCUCACCCACCGCGACACCUUCGUCUACUUCUUUCGGGAUGACCAGUACUGGCAAUUUGACCGGGCCAAGCUGCAAGUGGUGGCCACCGGCAAAUGGGCCACUCAGCUGCCCUGGAUGGGAUGCUGGGAUGCAAACAGUGGGCAGGUCCUCUUCUGA